AUGGGGACAGCCAUCUCCUGGGAGGGAGCUGCGCAGACACUCAAGACCCCUGACCAUCCCCCGAAGGACAUCCAAGUGCCUCCAGCUGCCUCUGGGGCCGCCUCCUACCCCGACCUGCUGGCCCAGUCUGUCACUGGCCCCGCCUGCUGGCCCGACAUGAGGCCCUCCUGGGCCGCCCCCUCCUGGAUGGGGUGCCCCGCCCCUUGGAGUUACAUGUGCACACCCUCCAUCGGCCAUCUCUGGAUUGGGUACCCCUGUCCUGCUGCCUCAGCGCCUUCAGUCUGGACUUGGGGCGUCUCCAGUGCUGACCCCCUCGUGGGAAGACAGCACGCUGCCCCCCUGGCCUCUGGAGUGUUCCCUUACCCGGCGGGCCCCCCACCCCCGUACCCCUCAGACCCUCCAGCUCCAAGCGGGGACGCCUCGGGCCACUGCACCCAGGAGGGGUGGCAGACUCCGGCCAGCUCGGCGCCCCCGGCUGCAGUGGAGGGCCCGUCCAGAGGGGCUUCCUACUUGACAACGUACCAAGUCCUUCCAUCAGAAUGGGCGUCCAGGCUCAGCAUUUGGGCACCCAAGCCAUCCUCCAGCCCAGAACUCUGCCCUCUGCCCCCUUCCCCCAGCGGGGACCCUCAGGGGGAGCCCCGCUGUCCCCAGUUACCCCGGCCCCCCUCCAGGGUCUGCCGCCGCCUGUUCCAGCACUAA